AUGUUGAGCCUCCUCGUCUCCGUUGCCCUCGCUCUCGGCCUUGCCCACGGCUCCGCCAUCAGAUCUGACUCUGGCUACGGCGGCGCCUCCAGCGGCUACGGCUACAGCAACAGGAACUACUACGGCGAGAUCUCUGAUGCGCGCAACCGCAUCGUUGUUCUGGGCGCCAAUGACGUGCUGAUCAACACCCGCCUGGACGGGGUCAAGGUCAAGAUUGACCUGGUCACCGACUUCCGCCAGCAGUUUGUCAACAACAUCUUCGACAACAUCCGCCAAGCCGUGGCUGACAACGAUGCUCUCAUUGACAGUAUCACUGCUGAGCUGAAGGCGCUGAUGGUGCUCGUCGACGAGGUGGACGCCCUGGGUGUACAGGUGAACAAUCUGCUGGAUGACCUCAAGGACAUCAGGAACGUGCGAGUGGACACCGACUCUGACCUGUCCAGGCUGGAGGACGCAGACACCGUGCAGAACCAGCAGAUUGCCGACCUGGAGCAACAGAUCGACGUGCAGGAUGAGCGUAUUGUGGACGCCAGCCAGAGGGUGACCGCUAACGAGGUCCUUGCCCGUGAGGUGUACGCCAACCUCGUCAACGUGGUCGACAUUGUGAACCAGGAGAAAUCCGAGACGUUCACGGUUGAAGUGACGCCCGAGAACAGCUCCGUCACCAUCCCCUUCGCCUCCGCCUUCUCUGUCGUGCCGUCCAUCAGUUACGGUAUCGUUGACCUAGACGUCAGCGAGGUGCCCUCCAAGACCCCUGCCUAUGGCCAGAGCUACGAGCCCACAUACCCAAGUGAUGAGGUCUUGUCUGGUCAAGUCAAUACGAGAACAGUUUCACCGUGACCCUAGAAGACUCCAGCGACCAGUGGGUGUUCAACAGCAUCACUGUCCGAGUGACCGCUUACGUCAUCGACAACAGCCAGCUCUCCUACCAGGGUGACCACUAGGGCGUCACUCAUCACGUCAUCAGUGACGUCAGACAACUGACCAAUAGACGUCCAAUGACCUCUACAUGUUUCUGUGUUCUGGCUGAGUCCGGGAAAUAUGACUUCUUUUGUGGCGUCCAUGUUAGUGCAGUAUGUUCUCGAUAAGAGAGUGAUGAAUUCUGACCUAUUCUCAAGGUACAUUUUGCGAUUUAUUUUACUAGAUUUACCCUCCCCUUCCCCCUCCAAACCACCCUUUUUCUCCCCAAUCUUUCUUAACAGUAAAUGUAAAACCCAACUGUCGAUGAAAAAAAAGCAGCCAAUUGCUACUGUUUUAAAAUGAAUAAGUAGCAGUACACUAACAACGGGAUGUGGAACGAGAUGAAGAUGAAAACAAACUGACAGACAGCUACUUCCGGCAAUAAUAAAUAAAUACACUACGAAGGACUCAAAGAUAGAGGGCAUCUCUUCUGAAAAUGAAUGGGGUUUGGAUUGACUUAUGGCAAGACCGUUCUUCUCAAAUGUGGGUGAGAUGUGGCUUUCUACAUGGCGAACUAUAAUAAUAAUAUUAAUAAUAAUAAUAAUAAUACGGUUACGGUGACUGUUGGAGUUAAAAGUUAAAACGUUGUGUGUCGUAUUUGCCCUCGGAGUGUGACCACAGAAGCUUCACAUUUCUCGGCUUCCGCUAGAAACAAAUAAAAAGGCAAUUGAAAAUGUUCA